AUGCAGGCGUCGGCGGCAGGUGGAGUAAUGGUCGGCGCGAGCUCAGAUUUCGCUGCCUCAACCACACAUCUGAGAGUACAUACUGGCGAGAAACCAUAUUCCUGUGAACAUUGCUCAAAAGCAUUUUCCCGUGCUUCCGAUUUAAAGACACAUCUGAGAUUACAUACUGGAGAGAAACCGUAUUCCUGUGAAUAUUGCUCAAAAGCAUUUUCCCGUGCUUCCGAUUUAAAGACACAUCUGAGACUACAUACUGGAGAGAAACCGUAUUCCUGUGAACAUUGCUCAAAGGCAUUUUCUGGUGCUUCUAAUUUGAAGAAACAUCAGAGAGUACAUACUGGAGAGAAACCGUAUUCCUGUGAACAUUGCUCAAAGGCAUUUUCUGAUGCUUCCGCUUUAAAGAAACAUUUGAGAGUACAUACUGGCGAGAAACCGUAUUCCUGUGUUCAGUGCUUUAAAGCAUUUACUGUUGCUUCCGCUUUAAAGAAACAUCUGAGAGUACAUACUGGAGAGAAACCGUAUUCCUGUGAAUAUUGCUCAAAGGCAUUUUCUGAUGCUUCCUAUUUAAAGACACAUCUGAGAUUACAUACUGGAGAGAAACCGUAUUUCUGUGAAUAUUGCUCAAAGGCAUUUUCCUGUGCUUCCGAUUUAAACAAACAUCUGAGAGUACAUACUGGAAAGAAACUGUAUUCCUGUGUAUAG